AUGUUCACACUUUUUCAACCUGAAUGUAUGUCUAAACUUGUACCGUACCCUGUUUUUGACAAAGAACGCUUUGUUGUGGUGAGAGAACCAACCGGUGUUUUAAGACAUGCUGAUUGGGAUGAAAGAGCCAGGAUGCUGCAAAUUUAUUUUCCAAGAGAUGGUAGAAAAAUAGAACCACCAGAAAUAUUUGAAGAUGAAAACAUGGAACAUGUAUUCUCAGAAGACAGACAUAAAGAUCUGUUAGAUAUUUGUUGCGUUCAGUUUGAACCUGAUGAUCCACACUUCAUACAUACCCACCACAGAACUUAUGAACACAUUGUGAAGACAGAGAACUAUGACUUGCUGAGAUCAACUAGACACUUCGGUGGCAUGGCAUACUAUCUAACAAAGAGGAAACGAAUUGAUGGCUUGUUGAAAGAUAUGAUACAAAGAAAUCUAAUCAAUGAUGCCAUGGACUUGUUGUCGUUGUAUCAUUUGUUACAUCCUACAAUGUCCGUCAGCCAUAGAAAAGAAGAAAACUAAUCUCAAAGGAAUUGACAUUAUAAAGGCAUUCAUUGGAUUAGACGCCGAGAACGGCCCCGCAUUGGAACUUGUUCUACAAGCCUAUGAAAACGAAAAACAAAUACUACAGACUGACCCAUCAGCUGCUUCAUCGUCUAAGAUUUAUUGUUUGUACUGAUUAAUCAAGAUUUGUUUGACUGCCGAACCUAUCGAGUAGAUUAUCUUUUAGACUUUGGAUUCAAGAUCUGUAUCAAGUUAGAAAAGUAAACCUUUGAAUGACCUAUGACCUGUACAUCUUUAAACAAUUUAACAAGUCUUAUUAAAUGUAAAUAGAA